GUGUUUUAUCUACGUCUAAAUGCAUACACUGUGUUGUCAAGACCGUAUGCGAACUGGAUGUCAGUAUACGUAGGAAUCCCCUUGAUUGUCAAUGUGAAUGUGGAUCUAAACCUGUAGAUUUUGACCAAACUCGGUAUGAUACGCCUAACGGGUGUGCCACUUUGCCCCAGGGGACUGCCGUACACACAGUAGUCGCGUAGCUACAAUAUUCACAGGCUAUCAUGGCGGGACAAAAAGACCACAAGAGUGACACCAUCAGCGUCGCUGGCGAUGAUGUUGCACCUGCAUCCCAGUCAACAGCAAACAGAAUCGCAGCCGGUUAUUUUGAGAAAUUUGAACGUGCUGAAGUACAAGAGAUGUUAGCAUAUAGUUCAUACCAAUGGUACUUAUCAGCGGACGAAUUCAAAGUGUCGAUUGAUGCGCCAAAGGGUUUAAUCGCCUCCAUGAAGCCAGUUUCUGAGAACCAUUGUGUAUUCAUGUUACCAGAGCGACCAGAUAUACAGCAACUAGAUUUUAGAGAAAUUCAUCAGAUAGUUAGAGAGUUAGUUAUCGGCAUCUAUUGCCUAAAUCAGAUUCCUUGUAUAACGCUUGACGCCAACUUUGACCAGAGUACGUCAUGUCAGUUACCGCCUGCUUAUAAUGAUACAAGAGUAGGUCAACUACUUUUAAAUGUAGACUAUAUGAUGAAAGCAUUAUGGCACGGUGCUUAUUUCCCCAAAGAAAAGCGUUCCAAGUUUUCUGAGCGUUGGCGUUCCAACUUGGAUGUCAACGCUAACGGCAAGCCUGAAACUAAGAAGACAAUACUGACAGAGUUCACUGCAGCAGGUAUGUUGGACAUCAGCAAGGACCCUGACUACCACGGCAUUUACGACAACAUGAAAUACUUUCCAAUGAGCGAACAUGAUAUGCUGGAGGACAAUAGAUUAUUCAUGCAUCACGUAGAUGAUCUUUCCAUGCAAAUGACGUUACAACAAGACUCCAUCAAACAACACCACAAUUUAUUUGUUCUGGAUCCUAGCUAUGUCAUUACAAACGUUGUUAAACUCGGUGAGGAUAAACUUGAUAGGGACGCUUACGAAAGGCUGCAGAACCGUCUCCUGGUCCACCAGGAGGAGAUAAAGAAAUACAUAGAAAGUAAAAGUGAAAUUAGAAGGAAUAUACAUUUACUGAAAUUUGUGAGUUUUAUGGUUCCGUUUCUGAUGGGCAUGAAGAAGAGAAAUAAAGUACCUGAUGUCAAUAUAUUUCUUGCACCACUUACAGCUGACGAAUGCAAAACAGAGCGAGAAUUGCCUCCUUUAAUAAAAGGCAAAGACUUCAAGUGUCAAAACUUUGAAUUCAGCCCAACUCGAUAUUUUCAUUUACACGGCGGUAUUUCGUUUGAUUGUGAACCCUCACCUAUCAAUAGUCCAUCACAAGAAAUAAUAGACACAUUUGAUGAACUGCAGUCGCAGGCUCUGAGUCAUGUGGCAAAGAUAACGGAUCCUAACGCUCCAUAUCAAGACAGUUUUCCGAUACCUGUCAGAGAGUUCAACGGACAAAGGUACUAUGUACUUGCGAUGGAAUUUGAAACUUACUAUCCCAUGACACCACAGAAACCAUGGUGGAUACACGCAUUCUAUGAACAAAUUAAGGAACUGAAACCAAAAAGACUACCGCUCACUGAGAAUCAUAUGCACGAACAAUUUAAGAAGCGAUAUGGGGUCAAGAAGGCUAUUAAAUUCAAGAAUCUGCAAGCCGGGUUGAAGAUAUGCGCUACAAGGGGACUAGUUUCUAUGCUUCAGACUCUUGUACGCAAGACACCAGGUUCUCGUCUCAGUAAACAGGAUGAAAAUGGAUUGUCGUUGAUGCAUCAUGCAGCCAUGCAAAACCGGCCACAGAUUAUAUCAUUAUUGGCAAUACAGGGACAAGAUAUUAACACAAGAAGAAAUAAUAACAUUUCUUCUACAGGUCCAACUCCAAUUCACCUCGCUGCUCGGUGCGGAUCUCUGGAUGCCGCUGUGUGCCUGAUUGGGAACAAGGCUGACAUGUAUCUAACUGACCAAGACGGUUGGGCAGCUAUACAUCAUGCGGCUUUUUUCGAUCAUGCACCAGUGGUUCGUCACUUUGUGCGUAAAUGGCAGGACCAGAUGGAAUUGGAGACGAUGAAUCAUUUGCGGCAAACUCCGCUCUUACUCGCGGCGAGUAGCGGUGCAUUAGACUGCGUCAAGACUUUGAUUCACUUGGGUGUGAUUAUAAAGAAACGUGAUAUGGAGGGAAAUAAUAUGGUUCAUUUAGCAGCUUUGAGAUUCCACACUAAUGUUUUGGAAUAUUUUAUUGAAUGGGAUCAUCCCGAUGUCCAAGUAUGGCAUACACUUGUCACUAUGAUGGCAUCAAAUGAUUUGAAGAAGAUAGACAGCUCUGUCAGAUCUUUAGAAAUAUUAUCAACAGUCAGACAAGGACACUGGAAGUCAAUCCUAGAUGCAGGUGGUAUACCUGCCCUAGUGAAUAUCCUAAAAUUGGAAAACGAGGAACUACAAUCCUUAGCUGCAUCUGUCAUAUGUAACAUAUCUGAACGACAGGAAAUCAGAAUUGCCGUUAUCAGAGGCCAAGGCUAUACCUAUCCUCAUCCAAUUACUUCGGCUCGCCAUUGGACGAUCCAAUCCAGAGCGGCAAUAAUCUUGUCGGAUUUAGCAUGUGUGAUGGAUAACCAAACCGAGAUAUCUGCACAGAAUGGGAUACCAGCGAUGAUCUAUCUUUUAGAUUCUGAGUUAGAGGAAGUCUUGGUCAAUGCAGUGAAUGCGAUCCGUGUUCUAUGUACUAAUCAUGACGGCAACCAAACUCUAAUUGCAGAAAAUGGCGGCAUUGAUCCUUUAGUGGAGUUUUUAACCAUUGAGUCACACAUCUUGCAAGCAGCGGCCGCAUCUGGUCUUGCUGCACUUUGUGCUGGUCAUCGGGAAAAUCAAGACCGAAUAGUCACCCAUGGGGCUGUUGGGCCACUGGUGCAACUUUUGAAAUGUCGUAAUGUUACCGUGCAGGUUAAAGCGGCCAGCGCAUUGGAAGCAUUGGCUGAGAACAAUCCUGAUAGUCAAGCCGCCAUUUUGAAACUCAACGCUCCUAAACCACUCAUUAAACUACUGAAGGUAUGGACGCAGGAAGUGAAAGAACAAGGUGCAUGUACUCUAUGGGCUUUAGCUGGGCAUACAACCAGACAACAGAAAAUGAUUGCUGAACGAAUCGGUAUAAACCAGUUAAUAGACAUGCUGUUGUUGCUUAAAUCUGAAAAACUACAAUAUGUAGGGGGCAUGGCGAUGAUAGCGUUGUGUAGAACUGACAUCAUUAAUCAGAACAGAAUCAAAGAAGAGAAUGGUAUAAGUCCACUUGUAAGAUUACUAAGAUCACACAAGACAUCACAGAGAGUUCUUUUAACUAUUAUUAGAAGUCUUGGCACGCUCUGUGUGGGUGUAGCACAUCGAAAUAAUAAAGUCACUCAAAUGAAGAUAGCAGAGGAGAAUGCUAUCUCAACACUGGUCAAUUUGAUGGUAACUUCAGACAAUGAAAUGGUCAAAGUGGAGGUUGCUAUCUCAUUGGCCUGUAUCAUACUGGGAAAUAAGGAAAACCAAAGGCUGCUCAUAGAAGAACCGUCAUUUACAUUUAGUUUUCUGUUAGAUCUUUUCAAAUCAAGGGAUGAGAUUGUGAGAUUGAAGGCAGGAACAGCGUUAGCAACAUUUGCAUUUAACAACACAACUCAGCAGUACGCAAUCCGAGAGGCAGGUGGUAUUAGAAUGUCAUCAUUUGAACCAUUUCUUAAUGCAGAAAAUGAAUCCUACCAAGCUAACGCUGCAUUUCAGAUCGUCGUACUAGCCAGAGUUAUCGUUGACAGAGACCAAGUAACGCUAUCAGCUGAAGGUGUGACUAGAUUGGUAAUGCUCUUACAAUCUGGAGAUGAAAAUACAAUCAUUCUGUCAGUGGGAAUACGUAGGAGACCCAAGACAUCAAUGAGUAUACAAGAAAGGAACAUCCAUAGAGAAGAAUUGAACAGAGCCCAGUCAGCGCCAGCUUUGACUCAAGCGCAGCGAGCGGUAUCAGCGCGAUCCAUACUAGCAAAACACAGCAGUAGAUAUGCACAACAGAGUAACAUGCCGUCGUUAAACAUGGAUGUGGAAGUCCUAAUGGAACAUUUGAAAUGUGACAAUGAGACCGUGCAAGCAGCGGCUGCAGUGGCAUUAGGCUAUAUCUCGUUCAAUCGUACAGCUCAUCGAUUGAUGCUGAUGGCGUGUCGAGCUGAACCUCAGUUGUAUCAAUUACUCAUGGAUAAUCUUGGCAAGGAUUCUAAAAUAUGUAUUGAUUUUACCGAGGAGUUUCGAAGACAAAAGUGUAUUGGCCUGCCAUCACAAAGCCUUGAAAUCAAUGGUGGACCACCAGUGAUACCUCCCAGACCAGAAACAUCACUUUCAAGAAUGGGAAUACGUAGGAGACCCAAGACAUCAAUGAGUAUACAAGAAAGGAACAUCCAUAGAGAAGAAUUAAACAGAGCCCAGUCAGCGCCAGCUUUGACUCAAGCGCAGCGAGCAGUAUCAGCGCGAUCCAUAUUAGCAAAACACAGCAGUAGAUAUGCACAACAGAGUAACAUGCCGUCGUUAAACAUGGAUGGUAAGAGAGUGAUUCACAGAAAACAUGCAGAGAGUAAACCACUGUGGAAUGAAAUUUAAUUGUAUCAUAGUAUUCUGUUCUUUGCAUAU